CCAGUCCCCCUAGGCAUAAUUCAGUAAUGAAUGGUCCUUAAUGAUGACUUCAGAUCGCGAAGAAGUUAGCUUUCCUCUUGCAGGCCAUUCAGUGCAAGAUAAAGCUAUCACCCUCAAAAGAUCCUUGGGUAUUCCUAGUGGUGUAGCUCUUCUUGUUGGUACUAUCAUUGGAUCAGGAAUCUUUGCUACUCCAAAAUGGGUUUUGAUCUAUUCAGGAUCUGUUGGUCUGUGUCUCGUCGUCUGGAUWCURGGWGGKYUUAUAAGUCUUCUCGGCGCUCUAUGUUUCUUAGARCUUGGACURUUGAUYCCAAAAUCUGGCGGCGAAUAUCAAUAUUUGAUGGAAGCGUUUGGUCCUCUGCCUGGCUUUUUGCUCAUUUGGACUUGGCUUGUAGAAAGGUCGCUAACWGUAGCCAUCAUGAUGCUUAUAUUUUCGUCUUACGUCAUUGAGCCCAUAUUUCCGGGUUGUUCAGCUAGAGAAGACUUGGUACCUCUGCAGAAGAUUAUUGCUGUGGGUGCAUUAGGUACUAUCGUUUUGGUCAACUGCUUCAGUGUUAAAUGGUCGAGUAGAGUACAGAUUGUAUUUACAGUCGCUAAGAUGGCUGCUAUUGUGAUGCUUAUUUUGACUGGUAUCGUMAGGAUUUCUCAAGGAUAUACUUCAAGUUUUUCCAAUCUCUUCAGAGGUACAGARACGAGAAUUGACGUUGUAGGAUUCGCCUUUUACAGCACAAUGUUCUCAUAUGAGGGCUGGAAUAAUGUCAACUAUACUAUCGAAGAAUUGAAGAAUCCCAAAAGAAACUUUCCAAUUAUCCUGCGAAUUGCCAUCUCAAUUGUAACAAUCUCGUAUUUCCUUGUCAACGUUGGGUUUCUGACCGUCCUCAGUCCUGAAGAAGUGAUURACUCUAACGCUGUUGCAGUGACAAUGGCAAAUCGUCUCUUUGGCGUCAUGGCGUGGAUUAUGCCUAUCCUGGUUUCUUGUUCUGUAUUUGGUGCUUCCAAUGGCGCAGUGUUUUCAGGUGGACGCGUGAUAUUUGCCGCUGCAAGAGAAGGACAUUUGCCUAAACUUCUGGCCAUGAUACAUACCAGCCAACGAACCCCCAUACCUGCUAUUCUGUUCAAUUUUAUAGUAACUGUUAUUUGCAUGGUCCCAAAGAAGUCUACAAUCAGUUCCUUGCUGUCCGCUCUUUCUGCUUUGAUGUGGGUUAUCUAUGGCUCCACAUUGAGUGCUCUUUUGUGGCUGAGAUAUAAAAGGAAAGACGCCCACAGACCAUACAAGGUUUUCAUAGGAUUUCCCUGUUUGCUGAUACUUCUUUCAAUAUACCUGGUGGUAGCGUCGUUCUUUGGUGCUCCUAUAGGAUCCAUCCUCGUAUUUUGUUAUAUAUUAAUUGGAAUACCUGUGUACUUUGUAUUUGUACGCUACAAACUUGUACCAACUGGUUAUAUUGAUCGAAUGUCGUUGUGGCUUCAGAACGUUCUUGAUGUUGCCUUUCCAAAAUCUGAGGCGGAAUUGAUAUGAAUCCAGGGSAUAUCCAAAAACUAUUGAAGGGGGAGUGCACAUAUAUAAAUUUUGUGUUGGUCUGUCUGUCUGUCUGACUGACUGAAUCAUACACAUAAAAUGAAUACAGUAUGUAUUCCAUAUGUUAUAUAUUUAAUCAGGACUUUCCCAAAGUGGGAGGGUGCACCGCCCCCGCCCCACCCCCACUGGAAAAAAUCGCGCCUUUUAAAGGUUGUAAAUUUGAUGUUAAUAUGAUGUAAGUGUGCAAAAUUCUGUAAAUUUGUUGUAAAUCAUCUACAUCAAAUUUACAGAAUUUUGGACACUUACAUCAUACUUUACAUCAAAUUCACAACCUUUCAAGUGCGCGAUUUUUCCCAGUGCCCCUAGCACCCCUUGGAUCCAUCCCUGCCAUCUUAYCAUCUUCGUAGAUAGUGCACUGAGAGUUUUACACUACGUCCAAGUGUAUCGGGGGGGCAGGGGCGGAUCCAGGAAUUUUCUAGAGGGGGGAAUUUAUUUUCCAAAUAAUAUUAAACACCAGAAUGCACAAGUUUGCUAUUUUCGUGAGUGUUACUUAAAUGAAAUGAACUAAAGGAAAUAAAACGUGUCAAGAUACAUCAAUUUCACAUUGGCCACUCUUUAAACUUAUACCUAUAAUGAAAUACUUCAGAUUUUUUUUACAGUGCUGCUAUUGAAACCGGGGCAAAGAAAUCACAAUUUAACUAAUGCCUAGUUUUCGUUAAUUAAGUUUAUAUUUUUAAUUAUAUUGUUUUGAGUUUCUAUAUUUCAACUAGAUACAUCAACAGGAUUUGAAAACGAAAAAUAAUAUUUUUAUCGGAUUUUUUUUGGGAAAGGGGAUUUUUUUAUUAUCAUAAUUUUUUUUUCAUUUGGGAGGGGGGAGGGAAUAUUCCCCGUUUUCCCCUCCCCUGGAUCCGCCCCUGGGGGGGACUAUUACUUUAGUAACUGAUUCUUUUUUGCAUAAAAAAUGCACAAUGCCAAUUUAUUUUCUAAAACAAAGCRCAUCUUCUAUACGGUAGUAUUUUUAACUGAGUUUUCUCUUCGAGUCUUACGAGAUCUAUUAUUCUUUUCUGCGCUAGAUUUGAACAUUGCGGAAUGCCUGUGCCUAAUACAGGAACUCCGCAAACCGCCAAAACGUGCUCGCGCAGACAAACUUUCCAUGCCGGGGGUGUCUCGCAUUGCAAGCUGUUUUUUCCUUUUUUCUAUCUUCAAAAUGAAAUAAGUAAGUGAUGUUAUUACUAUGUGGAUUUGGCAUAUGGUUURCAAUUAUAAUUAUUAAAGUUUGCAACUCAAAAUC